UGUUUUUCAAAUUCCGGCUGACUUGACGCUGCUGGCUUUUUAAUUAUUUUUUUUUUAGUUCUUGUUCGGCUUUAGCUCGAAGUUCAUGCGCCUCGACACGCCAUGCGACGGCGUUAAAUACGCGUCUGUUUAUUUAUUUAUUUAUUCAUUCGCAGACUUCCCACGGUCCUCUCUUCUUUAAUCCGCCACAAUGCUGAAGCUUUGCCUCCGGAGAGUCCUCCGACCGGUCGGGCAGAAGUCACCGCCGCCGCCGCCGCUGCCGCCGCCGCCGCCGCGCCGCCGGAUGGGCACGCACGGGAGGAGCGAGCCACGGGAGCCGCUCAACUCCGCGACCAGAGCCAAGGACUUUAUCUACCGCCUGCAGCCGACGGAGAGGACGUGUCUGCUGCGGCAGCUGCAGAGCUUCGAGUCCGUGGCCAUCUCUCAAGGGACUCUGGAGCCUUCGCCGCCGACUGCGGAGCAGAUCCGAUACGUCUUGUUCCACAACGCCAUCCCCUUCAUCGGGUUUGGUUUCCUGGACAACGCCAUCAUGAUCGCAGCGGGAACGCAGAUCGAGCUCUCCAUCGGAGUCACUCUGGGCAUCUCCACCAUGGCGGCCGCGGCGUGGGGGAACCUGGUGUCGGACCUGGCCGGGCUCGGUCUUGCAGGUUAUGUGGAGGUCCUGGCUGUCAAACUGGGGAUGCAGGGUCCAGACCUGACCCCCAAACAGGUGGACAUGUGGCAGACCAGAGUCGGCUCUCACAUGGGCAAAGCCAUCGGCGUGUCCAUCGGCUGCAUUUUGGGGAUGUUCCCACUGUUCUUCCUGAGCGACGACGACGAGAAGGAGAAGAAAGGGAAGAAGAAGGAGGAGGAGGAGGAGAAGGAGGCCCAGCCCUGCAGCGACGCGGCGCCUCCUUCCUCCUAACGCGUCCGCCUCUAGACGCGAAGGAGCACCGGAGUCCGACGCGUCUCCGGCGUCGUGAACCGCCGACGUCGCUCAACGAUCUUUUAUGACCGUCGGUUCC